AUGGCGACUCUCCUCCCCCAACGCUGCGCCCGACUCCUUCGCGAGCCCAGUCGACGCGGCUCCUUGCCUCUUUUCCUUACGCCUGCGUUCUCGUCGCUCCGGUCACAAUGCUUCUCCACGACCUCUCCGGCGCAGUCCCGAGUCGGCGGCGCGGCCAUCUCUAUUCCGCCCGAAGUGUCCAUGUCCCUCGUUGAUCUCCCCAAGUCCCUGUUCCGCUCGAGAGGAAAAGACAUUCCCAAGGUCGCUGUCGAGAUCCAGGGUCCUCGGGGGAACAUGACCCUUAGCGUCCCUUCCUUUCUUAACGUCAACUACGACGAAGCCGGCCGCAAAGCCACCCUCUCCGUGUUAGAUUCGACGAUUGCUCACCAGCGUGCUAUGUGGGGCACAACCCGCGCACUCCUCCAAAACCACAUCCUCGGCGUAUCAGAGGGCCACAUCUGCAUCCUGAGUCUGGUGGGUGUCGGAUACAGGGCGACCAUCGAGACCACGGCCACGACGGUCAAGCCGGAGUACGAAGGGCAAAAGUUCGUGUCCCUCAAGGUUGGAUACUCGCACCCGAUUGAGCUCGGUAUUCCGCAAGGUGUCGAGGCUAGCACGCCCCAGCCGACGCGGAUUCUGUUAGAGAGCGUGGACAAGAGGACUGUGACGCAGUUCGCGGCUAAGAUUCGCGAGUGGAGGCGGCCGGAGCCGUACAAGGGCAAGGGUAUCUUUGUGAAUGGGGAGACGAUCAAGUUGAAGGCGAAGAAGAUCAAAUAG